AUUCUCAGUCCCUUUCCCAUCUUCAUCUCUUCUCUGCUUUGGCUUGAAAAACACGAAUUACUCCUCUUCUUGGACACGAAUCGUGUCUGAAAAGUGAGACAGAGAGUGAGGAAAACACAGCCAGAGAAAGGGAAGAGAGAGCGAGACAAGAGGAAUCAGAGAUCGGGGAGGAGAUAAGCCACAUGCAAAUCGGUCUUUGAACCAAGGGCGUAGGCUGCUGAAUGAUCAAAUAUGGCAGAACUGAGCUUGGGUAUUCUUGUUGAUAUUGUUGAUGAGGAAUGGAUGAGAGAUACACUUCCCGAUGAUGAUCUUCCGCUACCUUCAACACUGAUAGUUCGGACAGAUGAUACUGAGGACUUAAAUCAGGAGACUCAACAAGUCAAUGCGGAUGCUUGGCAUGAUCUUGCCAUGGGCCCAGAAUAGAAACCUUAUUUGUCAACGAGGGUCGUCCCUCGCGAUAAGUGGAUGGUGUUUUCUUUAUUUUUGUGUCAUAUCAUCCAUUUUCUACUUCUGUCAAGUCAGAUGUUGAAGUCCUAGUUUUUUUUUUGGUCAUCUACAUUGUGUAAUUAGAGAAGGAAUGUGAAUGAGAUAUCGACUUAAUUAGAUAGCCUCCUGCGCGAUCUCAUUUAUUUUAUGUCAUCUAAGGUACAAAUAAUGCGUCCUACUAGCCCUCAUAACAGAUUUAUAUCCAUGCAAUUAGUUCUGUAGUUGAAAAGUGGCAUAGUCGUUAGUGGUCAAUCCCGACAUAAGAUGAUUCUUAACAUGAGAAAUUCACAAGUUAGUAACUUCCGGUGCUGCCUGUGUUGAUGUUAUCUGAGUCCUUGACAUUUUCACUCCCAUAUCGAGGAAGUCAAUCAAAAUGAUUCUUUUUUCUUUUGUUUUGGU